AAUUUAAAGUAGCACAAUUUAGCGUUUCACAAUUUAAUGUAGCACAAUUUCUCUAUUCACAAUUUUAAUGCAUCACAAUUUGAUGUUGUAUAAUUUAGCUCUUCACAGUUUAUUGUUUUAAAAUUUACGACUUUCACCAUUUAGGGUAUCACAAUUGCAGAAUAUAGUACAACGUGACGACAAUGUAUCAGUAUCACAAUUCAAUAUUUCACAAUCGAAUUUUGCAUAAUAAAAUCGAUUCUUCAAUAAUGGGGGACUACACGCCAUACGCGUGUACCACGAACACGCAAAGCGCAAACCACCCCUUUAGCCAAGACCUACCACUUUGUUAUUGGUUAUUAUUACAUAUUACUGAUUAUUACAGUGUCAAAAAUAUGCGUGAUUAUUGGCUUUCUGGAAAGUAAUGCUGGACUAUCGUAAUUCUCGUUGAAAAUGCGUGUAGUUACAGUUGAACCAGUAGCGUUUGCCUACGUUUUUGCUUUAGCUAUGGUAUCACCUUUAUUGCAACAAUACAUUUACGAGGAACUCGGGAGGUCAUAUAAUUUCACCAAAGGGGAAGAAGAAUUGUGCAACAAUGACACUGAUGUUGAUGAAAGUAUUACAAGGUUGGAAAAUCAUGUUCAAACUCAAGCAACCCGUUGGUUUGUCGGGCUAAGUCUAUCAUCUAGCCUACCAUCUGUGUUUGCAACCUUCAUGUAUGGUUCAAUGUCUGAUUCGACAGGAAGAAAGCCCGUUAUGCUAGUUGCUACAUGUGGUUCAUUUCUUCGCCUCCUAAUUGUUUCAUUAACAGUGUCAUUUGGUUGGCCAUUUUAUGUUGUUUUCCUGGGUUCGUUUGUGGAGGGCCUCACAGGAUCAUUUGGAACAAUCACCGGUUCAUGUUUAGCCUACAUUGUUGAUAUUACGGAUGAUAGUGCCCGAACUCUUAGGCUUGGUAUUCUUGAACUAUCCCUUGUUUUUGCAGCUACAACAAGUUUUUUAUUCAAUGGAAUCUGGCUAAAACAUUCAGGUUAUAUGCCACCAUUAUGGGCAAGCACAAGUUUAUUGUUCAUCAUCUGUAUUUAUGUUUUGUACCUGCCAGAAUCAUUGAUGGAAAAGCAAUCCUUUAACAAGUUUUCCUGCUUGGCUAAUGCAAAACGGAUAAAGAAUUUUAUCACGGCAAAGAGAGGUCCAUAUGUAAAUUUCUGUCUGGCAUUAUUGGUAGUGUCAUUUUUGUUUUCAGUAUUUGACUAUUUUGGUAAUGUCACAGUGCUUUUCACAAAACGUCAUCCUCUAUGUUGGGGAUCAGAAAUGAUUGGUUACUACCUUGCUACCAAAACGGCGUCAGCUGGUAUUGGCAUAGUAUUUGCUUUCAAAGUGUUGACAAGAUGUUUUGUUGAGUCCUUAAUCGUCAUUAUUGGUUGUUUAUCUUACAUCCUAAGCAAUGUUAUUGUGGGUUUUGCAAAAACUACAGCAACAAUGUUUAUAUCAUGUAUACCAGCAUUUUUAGCUGUAGCUGGGCCACCAUGCAUCAGAAGCAUUGCAUCAAAAAUGGUUGAAAAACAAGACGAGGGUGCUCUUUGUAGUGUUAUUGCUGUUACAGAGACAAUUGCCCAGUUAUUGGGCUCAGUCACAUUAAGCAUGUUGUAUCCUGUGGGUUUAAAUAGAUUCCAUCUACCCGGAUUUGUAUUCUUUGUCCAAGCAGGAUUGUUGUUGAUUCCAAUUAUUUUGUUCUCAAUCAUAUAUUAUUUAACCCAGAAAAAUCAAAAUAUCUUGUAUUCCAAGAUGUCUGAAAUCAGCUCAGACACAGAUGACACCAAAGUACCAGGUGUACAGGUUUCAACAUAGAUAAAUAUGGUAUUAGAUAUUAUUAUACAAAUACUAACAGCGCCCCAUUUAAGGUUGCAAGAAGUACAUAGAGACCAAAAGAUGCAGUGGUUAUGACUCCAAGAGUCGAAGCUUCAGUAUAUAUGACAUGGCUCAAUGUGGUGACUGUGGGAUUAUUUAUUAUACAUGUUUAUAAAUUACAUUGCAUCUUCUUUAUGUAAGGCUACCGUAUUCAAAGAGUAAACGUCUUAAGUUGAGCAGUUUAUUCGUGCAUUCGUUAUUCAUAUUCAAAUAUCUCUAUUAUAAUAAAGGCGUAAACCCCAAAUUAUGGUAUUCUAAAUUCAAUUGCAAACAUCAACUUACUUGUUCGUAGUUGAUCCAAGUAUGGAUUCAAUGGGA